AUGAUACUAAAGUCAGGCAAGUGGUAUGCAGUACACGUGCCAAUAGAGUGGGAGAUCUACUGGAACCAAAAAAAGUCCUCUGACAAGCCCAACGUAGACUCCAAGGAACUGUUGCGUCCUCCUAGUCACCUCCAUCCGGUCUCCACCCUGUCAAGGGCCCCUGACCUCCAGGGCGGGGCUGCCUCCUCCCUUCUGGGGGGCCCUCCUGGUAGACCCCUACUGGAGUCCAGUCCCAACAGCCAUCUGUCGUCAUCAUUCCCUCGUCCAUCCCCAUACGCUAUCAGCAGUAGUAGCAGCAGCCUCAAUAGUAACCUGGGUCUGGGAACUGUAGGCCUGCCAUCAUCAAGCCGGGAUCUGGGAGCAGGUUUGGGCAACCCAGUCCGGCCCCGGAUUCACCGUACAACUCCCAUUUACCCGCGGGGCAUGUGGGGUUGCCCGGAUGAGCGGGAGAAGGAGCUGGAGCGGGAACGAGAGAUUGCCCUGGAGCGGAGAAGGGAAGAGGAAAAUAGGUCAGUGAGGAAAAUAGAGGCACUGUGA